GGCUCGCGGCUUGUGGACUCGGUGUCCCAUGGAGCGCUGCGGGGGGCCCGGCGCCCGGACCGCGGCCCCGGCGGCUGGCGGCAGGGCGGCUAGUUCAAGUUGCCAUAGCGGCGAGGUUGCUCAUGAGAACAAAGAGGAAUGCUUAACCAUAAAUAGCUUCAAGACACUGAUGGCAGAUUCAUCCAGUGAUUCAGACAACUUAUUUACGGGUCGGGUUGGAAGGCGGCCUUUGAGAGCAUCCCACGGCAGAGCUCAGAACUAUGGUGCUGAAGAAGUUACAGAGAAGAUCCAUACUUUAGCAAGCACUUUGCAGGAUACCAACAGAAAUCUAAGACACGUUGACCAUUUGCUAGGACAAUACAGAGAAUACAACAAGGAACAGACCAAAGCAAUAACAACUUUAAAAGAAACACUGGAGCAAUCUAUAGGUCAAUUGAGGAGCCAGCGACUAACACGAAACUCUGGAAUGAGAAGUGCAUCUCUCUCAAGCUUAUAUCCCAGUGACCUGGAUGGAGAAGGAACAUCAGGCAACCACCACUUCCUGCCCACUUCUCCUCUCAGGGAUUACGGAGACCCACAGGGCAAUAAACACCGAAGGUCUCGAUCUGCAAGUGUUCGGUUUGUCAGUGAGGCAGGCAAUGUGGAGCAGCUGCAUUCUUUCCACCAGUCUCUUCGGGAUCUCAGCAGUGAACAAGUUCGCCUGGGAGAUGACAUCAGUCGCGAGCUUUCAAGAAGAAAUCGGACUGAUGCUGAAUUAAGAAAGACUCUAGAAGAAUUGUCUGAAAAGCUCACUGAGUCCCAAAGACAAGAAACGGUAUCAGAACGAGUAGAGAGGAGACUUCAGGAGAUAGAAGAAGAAAUGCGUGCUGAAAGACAGCUCGUAGAAAGGCGCCAGGACCAGCUGGGCCAUGUGUCUCUUCAAUUACAGGAGGUUUUAAGGAAGCAAGAUGUUAAAUCAGAUGAAACAGAAGAACUCAUGAGAAACAAACUUGUGAAAUAUGAAAGUGAAAAGCACCAGCUUGAGCAGGAAUUGGAGCAGUCCCGGAAAAAGUUGAGUGAAUCUGAAGGCAGUAGAGAAGCUCUUUUGCAUCAGGUUGAGGAUCUUCGUUCUCAGCUUUUGAGAGCAGAAGAAGACCGUGUAGAAUUGCAACAUCAAAUCUCUUAUGCUGCUAUGCAUCGCCAGAGCUAUCAGGAUGCACAAGAUGAUGACAGGAGAAUUAGAGCAGUAGCUGAAAGAUAUGAGAGAGAGAAGCAAGAUCUAGAGAAACAUAUUUUGGAACUUAAAGCAAAGCUGAGUCAUAAUGCUGUAAUGUCAGAGGUAGAAGAACUGAAGAGAUGUAUAGAGUGUAAGGACAAGGAGAAAGCACAGCUUGUUAUGCACAUACAGGUGUUAACAUCUGACCUGGAAAACAGGGAGAAGCAGCAGGAAAAAAUGCUGGACCAGCUAAAGGAGAUACAGAACUGCUACAAGGCUUGUGAGAGUGGACGUAGACAAACUGAACUCCAGUCUGCUGAGUUAGCUCAACAGGUUGAAGAGAGUACCAAGGAAGCAGAACGAUAUCUCAGUGAAUUCAAGCACUCAGAGGCACUCAGGCUGGAGAUUGAGAAAAAAAGAGAAGAUUUGAAGGUGAGAGCCCAGGAAACCAUCCGCCAAUGGAAAUUGAAGUGUAAGAAACUGGAUCGUGAGGUAGAAAAGCAAAAUCAAACUAUCAGUGAACUGAUGGACAAGAAUAGUCAGGCCCUUAAAGAAAAAGAUGAUCUCAAAAGUCAGCUUCUCUCAGCUAUAAAUCAAAUAGAAAACCUGCGGAAAGAGCUGAAUGAUGUGCUUACAAAGAGAGCCCAGCAGGAAGAACUCCUCCACUGUAAAGAGGUAAAACUGAAUGAAAUGGAGUCACGCCAUGUAGCUCUUAAAGAAGAGAUCAAAGAAGUUCAAAGUACUGUAAAAAAAUUGGAGAAUGAGUUGAAAAGGCAAGUCUUUCUACAAAACCAAAUGCAAGCUGAGAAGGGGCACUUGAAGACAGAACUUGCAACUAUUAACUUGUUUCAUAAAAAAGACCAAGAACGACUCCUAGAAAUGCAAGCAGAUGUAAAACAUUUAAGCGCUGUACGUGUGGAACUAACAAACAGAAUUGCAGAAGAGGAGAAAGCCAAAAAGGAAUUACUUAAGAGCCUCUCAGACCUCCAGAAACAGCAGGAAUCUAGUCAUGAAGAGAUGAUUUCAGCUAACAGGCAGCUGAAGAUGGAAAGAGAAAUUCACCAACAGGAGUUGGCAGAUCUUAGAUCAGAGUUACAAAAUGUGAAAGUCAAACAUGAACAAAAUGUUCAAGAGCUCAUGAAACUCCUUAAACAAGAAAAAGAUGAUGGAGAGGCUCAGAUUAAAAUGCUAAAGAUGGAACUUUUAGAAGAGAAAAACAUAGUCAAGGCUCAGUGUCGACAACUGGAAAAAAUAAAAGUUGAGUGUGAUAAAUUGACAGAAGAAUUAACCCAAAAUGAGGAAGAAAAUAUAAAACUAAAACGGAAAUGUGAGUUUGUAAAACAAGAACUGGAGAAAAAGGAAAAACAGAUCAGCAAUGAAGAUCAUUUGAGAAAGAUGAGUGAGGCCAGACUGCAGUUUAAAGAUCAGCUACAUCAAUUAGAAAUGGAACAGCAGUCCAUUCUCUCCAUAAUAGGAAGUGAAAUUGAUGCUGCUUGUGAAAUCUUUUCUCGGGACUCCAUGGAGAAAUUCAAAGCAAUAUCCCUUACACCAACAGUACUGCACGAUCCUCAUCGCUGGUUAGCAGAAACAAAGACUAAGCUUCAGUGGCUGUGUGAGGAGGUAAAGGAAAGAGAAAGUAAGGAAAAAAAGCUGCGAUGCUCCUUGCUGCAGAGCCGAGAACAGCUCAAGCACUUUACACAGAUAAAGGAGACUGAGCAUCAGUCUCUCUUUAAACAGAUUAAAAACCAAGAAAAACUUUUGGAAGAAGUUCACAGAGAAAAAAGAGAGCUACUAGAGAAGACGCAUAGAAGAGAAGAAGAAAUGGGAGCUCUCCAGGAACGUAUUAUGGCCUUAGAAAUGAGUACCCGAGUGGCUUUAAACCACCUGGAGUCUGUACCUGAGAAACUGAGCCUGUUAGAAGAGUGCAGAGAUACUGGGGAGUCCCAUUGCCGAAGGGAGAUGAUUGAGGAGAGGUAUAUGAGGUAUAAAGACAUCGUGACUUCUUUGCAGCGGCAGCUGGAAGAUUCAAAGCAAAGAGUUGGGCAAGUCAAAGAUGUGAAAAUGGAUGCUGAAAUUUCUGAUGUAGAAGUGGCUGCUCAUUCUAGUUGGCAAACUCAAAACAGCUUUUUGUGCAGCUCACCUCAUUCAAGUUCAGGUUCCCUUACGAAGGGGAUGGUUCCUUUGGAUACAAGUGGCACCAAGGAAGAUUCUACUAAUGUUGCUGUUAGUGAAAAGAAGCUGCAAGCAGAAGGAGGAAAGCAGUAGAAUAUUUUAUGAAACCACACCAGUUUUCUCUGUGGUAAAUUCCAUUCCACUUUUUUUUUUGUUUUGAACAGUAGUAAUUCCAUCUGCUGUAGGAGUGAUGCACCCUUAAUGAUUCAACAGUUGCCAAACACUCAAAUGAAAGAGCACCAAGACUAAUUCUAAUGAACUCUUUUGAUAAUUUAGGUGACUUGCACACCAAAGGUUUUCUGAGAUUUUGCUAUGCUCUUGUAUUUGUUUCUGCAGUCCUCUUAGACAAUAUUUAUUGUAUUCCUGAAAUACUGUGAAGUGAAAUACCUGUGACAUUAAUCUUUGCUAUGAGCUUAUUUACCCCUAUACAGGAAUUGUUCUGACACUUGUUUUUUAAUUAUAUUUAAUAACAUUAAUGAUAAUGAAAAAAACAUUCAGAAAUUGCCUAUUACUAUGACAGAGAAUAAUUAUGCAGUGUUGUACAGACACAUUUGUGAUUUUAGGCUCCUCAGUUUGAAAAAAUCAUUUAAGAAAGAAGUGAUAAAACAAAAUUUUCUCAAAGCAAUUAAAAAUUCACAGCUUGGUUUCGGGUUCAGCAUAUAUGUAUUAUAAGUUAUCUAGAAUUAUUCUUUUGGCCAGAACACUUUUAUUAGAUGGCCUCAAUUAGGCACUUUAAAGAAUCUGAAUCUCACCCAUCUGUAUCAAGAGUGUUGAACAGCACUUCUUUGUGGCUGUGAAAAUUUUAAAAGCAAUGUUUAAUGUUCAUUUAUUUAUUCUGUUUUGUUCUCUAUUAGACAAGAUGUGUUAUAUUGAUUGUAAAAUACUGUGGAAAUAGAAUACUGCUCAUUUGUGUUUGAUAUCACUAUUCUAAACAAAUUGGACACAAUUUUGCGUAACAGUGGUCUCAAAGAGCAAAUCAAAGAAUUUUCUGUCUAAGAAUUCUGCUGUCUAAAGAAAUGCAAGUGUUUCUGAUGGUUCUUGUUUCAUUUUCCUCUCAGCUACUUCUGGCUGGAUCAUGGCUAGUGUGCCUUAAAAGACUUGCCAAAGCUGCCAGGGUACUGUAGCAACAUUAACACCAUUCAAACAAUUUUAUUUUGCAGACUUCUGUAAUAUUUAGGAAGCCUAUUUCUUCUCUGAAACACUGUUAUUUUUGAGCACUGUAGGUGUCUCAGGUAUAAUUCACAGACCUUGAUGUGCCAUCUCAAAAGAGGACUCUUUUUUUUUUGUUUGUUUCUGUUUUUGGUUUUGGUUUUGUUUUUGUUUUUUUUUUUUUCCAAUACUCUGAUGAAGUGUUCUGUAGUCCCAGUGGGUGCUCUGGACCAUGCACUUCUUGACAAUCACCUUGUGUUCAUCCUGUUUCAAACAGCACAACAUGGUGAGAACAUCAAAAUCAGACACAGAAAUGAGAAAAAGACUGAGUUUAUUCUCUGUUCAUUUUCCAUGAACUUAAAUUGCUUAAGACUAAAAAAAAAAUCUGACAUGGUUGAAAGUUUUCUUUACCUUUUGUUUGUUGUGUAUUAUGCUGUGCAUGGUAGUGCUGGCAUUGGCUUUUUGCAAACUUCUGGCACAUCUCCUCAUUCAGAGGGUCAAGAAAACAAAACAGGCAUAUCCAUCUGUUCUGAUCUCAAUGGUCAUGACAGGAACAAGAAAAAAAAUCAACAAAUAAACUGCUCUCUACAAAGAGUGUGGAUGUCAUGAAACAGUGUGUAGCUCAAGCCGCAGCUACUAUAAACUAAACUUACUUUAAGUGGAUCCAACAUUUGUAAUUUAUUUUUUUUAUUAGAUCAGAGCAGAGGUGGAAAUAUGGCAUUGAAAAUACUUUAAAUGGUUUGGUCUGCUGAAACUUAAAAAUUGCAAAACAAAAUGUUAGCAGCUUGCAGACUUUAUGGUACCUGCAAAUUAUGGCCAAAACAUAGAAAGGUCACUUUAAAAUAUAUUAUUAAGCAGUAAAUCAUGUUCUCAAAACGCCUUAUGUGGUAGUGAGGUCUGGUGCGUGGAUUGCUGUUGGAUGAAUGUAUACCCCAACUGUUUUACCAAAGUUUAAAUGUUUUUGUGACAUGAAAGUAGGUAAAUAAAGGGGCCUUGGAGAGUCUUAGCUGAGAAGUAAUACCAGAAAUAUAAUGUCCGCUCUUUUUCCUAAGGAAUUUGUAAAAAUCAUACCAUUUUAUGUAUUUAUACAUUUUUUCCUGACUUGUAACUUAGAAAUCUGAAGUAUGUGUUCUUAAAACAGGAUCGCUACUGCUUUAUAUUGUUAGAAAACUAAGGAUAAGCAGUCUGAUUUCCCCCAUUAUUACAUCAAGUAUUGAAUCGACUUCUGUACUACAUAGGACAGAAAUUACUACUGGGUGAACAAUUUUGCCUUUAAAACUUGAAGUAUGUUCAGUGCUCAGUAUAUUUGCCUUUGCCCAUGUGACUGGGUUUUCAUCAGUUUUAUAUCCCUUUAUAAAAUUUUCUCAAAGGGGUGGAAGAACAGAAGAGAUGUCAAACCACGCACACACACACACACACACACAAAAAUUCUUACUGAGUAGACUUAGGGACUCCAAAGCCAGGAAAAUUUUUCUUAAAUUUACCCUCUUGGCAUGGCAGUCUAGAUAGCAUGUAAUAUUUGUCUCCCUUCCACCUUUGAUAGAGGUUCAUAUUACAAAGUGAAUUUUAUUUCCUCUUUACUGAAGGCUAAAGUUCCAUUCAUGACAUUAUGUGAAACUGUCCCUUUGUGGUUUAAGAAAUAAUAUUUUUUCCAUAUUAGUCUGAAAUAAUAUUCUUCUGCACAGUUUCAGUUUUUAAAGUAGAAAAGCAGAAAAUUUUUAAAUAAAACCAUUUGUAUAUUUCACAUCUUAAAAAUUGCUGUCCCUUCUGGUAGCCAGAUGUUUUUAUACUUUAACCCUUUAAUGAUCUAUUACGCAAUUCUUACCCAAAGCAAUAGUUUUCAAUAAUCAGAAAUAUGGUAUUGCACACAAACACAAUGAUGGUUUAAAUCUUUGUUCUGUUUAGCAUUUGGUAAAUCAGGCAAUUUUUUAUGUAUGUACUAAGUACAUACAGAUUUUAUAAGCUAGUAUCAGGCACUCUUUUUUUUUAAUGCUGCAGUGAAAUACAGUGCUUCAGUACUGUGCUUUCAAAAAUGUAUUGGCCCUCAAUUUUAGCAUCAAAUAGCUGUCACAUGAAUAAACUAUGAAUUUUAUGCCCUUCAGUUCCUAAUGUUUUAUAGCAGACUUGAGAGUACUUAAUUACUUGUGAGACUAUAUUUACUAAACAGACAAAAUAAUUUAUUUUUAUUGUGUAAUUAUGUCAUCCUAAGAAGAAAUGUCAAA